AUGAAUGCAUCCAUGCCCGUAAGUGGAAUCGAGUCAGAAAAUGAUGCUGCUAUUCAAGCCUUUGUGGAUAUUUUCGAAAGAAAAAAUCAAGACGACGUCAUCAGUGAUUCAAUACCACAUCACUUUCUACGACAGUUAGCAGGACACGUCACCGAUGGUUCAAAACGAGAAGAUUUUCUAUAUUUACAGAAGGGUACACCGGUGAAGAAAUUUGCGUGGGUAAUGGGUGACGAUGGUUUGAUGCUAUUUCUUACUCAAUCCAAUCUGCAAGCGCUACAUUCACUCGGUUAUGAAGAUAAAUGGAUUCGAAGGAAGCUGAAAGAUGGUGAAUGCUUUCGUUUAUGUCUUUUUCCUAGAUCAGAUGAAUGUGUUCCAGGCACAUGGGAUAACGUGUUCUCGCUAGUCGAUAAGCAUUAUCCGACCACUAUUUCGAAAAAGCUACAACGACACGCGGAUGCAUUGAAACAGAUGAGCUUUGAUGAUAUUGAGACACGCGCUCGAUUAUCGUAUCUUGCUGGAAUCUCGUACACUGAUGUGCGAGCAUUGGCUGUCGAUCGUGUUUCAACUGAUCCGCGCUACAUGUCGGAAGAAAGAUAUGCAGAAUGUGAAGGAACACUCGAACAGUCUCGAGGAUUUCUCUACCAUCGACUUGGUCUCUUACGCUUAUAUGAUGGAAGUGGUUUCACGAAAGACAUGCAUGGUCGGUUGAUCGUUCGAGAAUAUUUGCAACCCAAUAUGCUUGUCGAAGAUAUUGUUGGAUUCCGUUAUAUCGACCUACCUAUCGAUAGCACCGAUCUCAUGCCUGAUGCUUAG